CGCCGCUGGAUUUCCUCCCGAAUAGCCGAAAGCAGAAACCCGAUCCCGUUCCCCGGACCCGCACAGAACAGAGAGGAGCUCGUCCCACGCGCCGCCACUCGAUCCGCCGCUGACGUCCCUCCUCCGCCGCCGCGGCCACGGACGGAGGCUAGCCCGAGCAGCUACCGCACGUCCCUGCUCCGGUGCCCCCGCCGCCCCCCAUUCGAUCUCCCGGCGCGCGGACACCGGCGAGCUCCGAGGCGGCGGCGUAGCUGGCCUGAGCCCGAGCAGGAGCAACAACUCAUCCCGCUGCCCUCGCCCAAGCCGUUGGCCGUGAGCCCAGCCUCCUCCUCGUCCUGGAAAGACUCACACCUUGAUCUUCACCACCCAACUGUAGGUCCUGCACAAGCGUGCUCAAGGGACUGUUCACUAGUUGUGGAAGAGCCGGUUAAGGAGAGGGAGAUCCGUUUUGUGGCUCGGCUCACACCAACGCACACCCCCUCCAGGUUUCCCCUGCGCCUCCGGUGACCGCUUCUUCUUCGACUCCGGCAUAGCCGGAGGAGCAGUAGGAGGAGUGUCGGCAACCCGAUGGCGUCCGGCUUCGGGUUCCCGAUACUGUCACCAGCGGAGAUCGCGGAGCAGCUGUUCCAGUACGGGAUCGCCCCCGUCGCCAACCUCCGCCCCGAGAACAUCGCCAGCCCGCAGCCUGACCUGCUCCCUGGCGUCCUCGCCCGCUUCUUCAACUCCUUCGUUGAUGCCCCCGGGGACGGCGAGGACGGGCUGCUAGGGUUCAGCGAUCUGGAGGUGCUGGACAACCCGGAGCACCACAUGGAGGCCAUCCGGGUGCUACGCCUCUACAACAAGUCGCAGGCCUUCCUCGACUCCAUCCAGUUCAAGGACUUCACGCUCGCCGACUUCACCCGCCCCACCCCGCGCCGCGUCGUCGAGGUCCUCAGCGCCCUCAUCAACUUCCUCUUCUACAGGGAGGAGAAGGUCACCCUCCUGCAGCCCAUCGUCAGCGAGACCCCCGACUACCACGAGCGCACUCUGGAGCUCAAGGCCAGGAUGGCCCAGCUUCAGAAGGAGAUCGCGGAUCAUGAGCUCGCAGAGCAGAUGGAGGAGCCCAUGGCCCAGCAGCUGGAAGCGGACGUCAAUGCUCUGCAGCAGAAAGUUCAGGUUUACAACAAGCAGCAACUGGCCCUGCGAGCAAAGGCCGCAGUCAUCAAUGACAAGAAAGAGGAGAUUCACAGGAAGAUAACCCAGGCUGAUUUUGAGUUGACUAAACAUGCCCAAGAAAACUCCAGAUUGAUGUCCAAAUUAGUAAAGUCCCCAGAAAAAGUUCAGAGGGCCUUGGAAGAGAAGAAAUCAGCCCGUGCUAAGUUGAAAGAGUCUGAGAAAAUAGCAAUGCAAAAUGAUCAAGAGAAAUCUGCCGCUUUGGAGAUACGCAAUAAGGCUCAUGAAAAACUGACGAAGCAACACUCUAAAAUCCAGGAUGUACAUGAACAGCUUGUUGCUGCUAAAACAGUUGAAAAGGAAGUUAAAGCUCGCAAAGCGAAGCUUAAUGAUGAAAGUGUAUCAGUUAUGUCAUUUGACGCACAGAUUGUUGAUUGGCAAGGAAAAGUACAUGAAAUGGAGGAGCGUCUCAAGGGGAAAGUCAAAGAAAGGAAUCAAAUAAUAGCAGAUGAAAAUCAGAAGCUGGGUGCUUUGAGCUCCGAGAUUGAGGGUAAACUGCAGUGCCUUGAACCUAGAGAAAAGAAAGUAGAGGCAACGAUCGCUAAGGCUUCAAAUUUGUGUUCGGAAGCUGCUUCAGCAAGGACUGCUGCCACAGCAGAACAGCAGAAAAUUCGUGCAAAAUUCAACAACAUUGUGAAGGCGUUCAACACCUACAUGGAUAGCGUCGACCCUUUCCUCGAGCGAGUUGAGGAGGUUGGCAGGCAAUCGGCAGGGGAAGGCGCCUCUGCCCCUGAUCAAUCUGCCGCCGUCACAACAAAAACCACACCGAGAGCCAGCGCAAUGAGCAAGAAGUCGAGGGCUAGGAAAAGGACAUGAGCUGUGCUUCUUGCCAACCCAGUACUCCCUUCGUCUCGGUGCAUAGGGCAUGCACGUAGUUCUAGGGUGAAUUUGACUAGCUAAAAAUGUGAUAUAUCUCAUCAAAAGCAUAUCAUUGGAUACAUAUAUGAAUGUAGUUUCUAAAUAUAUAUUUUUGUUACAUAUAAUACAUAUUAGCUGGUUAAAUUGAUGACCUAGAACUACGCACUUGCCCUAUGCACCCGGAUGGAGGGAGUACAUAUCUUUGUUUAUGUGUGUGCAUGAUGCUGUAGUAGUGCCUCCAGCUGCUAUUCAUGUGCUGAAUUAUGUAUGCGCUGGUUGGUUCGGAUCGGGGCUAGUUAUUGAUUGAGGUGACCGAAUGCUACGUGCUGAUGUUAUCUUCUAUGUAAAUAUACACCACAUUUUUGGCACUUCCAUUUUCGCUUC